AUUACGUAAAGCGUCGGUUGUUUAACACCGGCGCCACAAGGACAACCCUCGUUUAAAUGACUGCGGGUGCUCUGAUGUGAGCAAAUAAGCAUGUUGGACGUUUUUUCGCGAGGUUUAUCCUUCGAAAACGACAUAUUUUAGCGAGUUUAAGACGAGAAGACGCUCGCGCGUUUAACCUCUGUUGUGUGGGGAUUCUUUACACCUUUACACCAACCUCUGGAAAGACUACUUCCUGUCCCAGGUGCAGCCAUGGUGUUCCUGCAGAGCUACUGUGAGGCCAACUCCUCCAUCUCCAUCACCUGGGUGGAUGAGGGCAUCUCCCCCUGCUUCUACUUCACCCUGGUCCCCACCGUCCUGCUGACCAUCUCCAUCUUCCUGGGCACCGUCCACUGCGUCUUCUACCAGAAGUACGGCACCACCAUGGAGCCCAAGUUCAUCCCACGCUCCCGCCUCUACGGCCUCCAGCUGGCCGUGACGGUGCUGCUUGGCCUGCAGUUCCUGGGCGGGAUGGUGUACCGGGCCGCCACGGCGGCGGAGCUGCCCGGGUACGCGGUGCUGUACGGCUGCUUCUCCGUGUUGGGGUGGGGCUGGAGCUUCGCCCUGCUGCGGGUGGAGAGGCGGAGGGCCCUGCUGAUGGACCGCACCAGGGGCCACAGCAGCGUCCUGCUGGUGUUCUGGGCCGUGGCGUUCGCGGCGGAGAACCUGGCCUUCGUCUCCUGGUACAGCCCUCACUGGUGGUGGGGUCUGGAUGGCACAGAGCACCAGGUCCAGUUCGCUCUGUGGCUGAUCCGCUACAGCGGUGCCGGCCUCCUCUUCUUCCUCGGCCUCAAAGCUCCGGGUUUGCCACGCAGACCUUACAUGCUCCUGAUCAAUGAAGACGAGCGCGACGUGGAAGCCAGUGCUCAGAACUUGCUUGGGGGAACGGAGGAGAACCUAUCCACCUGGCAGGGCUUCAGAAGGAAGGUCCGCCUGCUGGUUCCGUACAUGUGGCCUCGGGGGAACGUCUUCCUCCAGAUGCUUGUCCUCUUCUGCUUGGGGCUGCUGGGAGUGGAGAGGGCCGUGAACGUCUUCGUACCGAUUUUCUACAAAAACAUCGUGAACGAGCUGACGAACGGCGACCCCUGGAGGAGCGUGGCCAUCACCGUCUGCACUUACGUUAUGCUCAAGUUCCUGCAGGGCGGCGGCGCAGGUUCCUCCGGGUUCGUCAGCAACCUGCGCUCCUUCCUGUGGAUCCGGGUGCAGCAGUUCACCAACCGGGUGGUUCAGGUCCAGCUCUUCGCCCACCUGCACGCCCUGUCGCUGCGCUGGCACCUGGGCCGCAAAACCGGCGACGUGCUGAGGAGCAUCGACCGCGGCACCAGCUCCAUCAACAGCCUGCUCAGCUACAUCGUGUUCAGCAUCUUCCCGACCAUCGCCGACAUCGUCAUCUCCAUCAUCUACUUCAUCACGUACUUCAACGCCUGGUUCGGCCUCAUCGUCUUCUGCUGCAUGGCUCUCUACCUCACUCUGACCAUCAUCAUCACCGAGUGGAGGACCAAGUACAGACGAGAGAUGAACCAGAUGGACAACUUCGCUAAGACCCGGGCUGUGGACUCUCUGCUGAACUUUGAGACGGUCAAAUACUACAACGCAGAAAGCUACGAGGUCACCCGCUUCGAGGACGCCAUCCUAAAGUAUCAGGUGUCGGAGUGGAAGACUCAGGCCUCGCUGGCCUUCCUGAACCAGACCCAGAACCUCAUCAUCGGGUCGGGACUGCUGGCCGGGUCGCUGCUCUGCGCCUACUUUGUCAGCGAGGGAAAGUUCCAGGUUGGAGAUUUCGUCCUCUUCGGCACCUACAUCAUCCAGCUCUACACCCCUCUGAACUGGUUCGGGACGUACUACAGAAUGAUCCAGAACUCCUUCAUCGACAUGGAGAGCAUGUUCAAGCUGUUUGAAGAAGACGAGGAGGUGAAGGACGCCGUGAAUGCUGGGAAUCUGCUCUUCAAGCUGGGGAAAGUGGAGUUCGACGGCGUCUACUUCAGCUACACAAACGGGAAGGAGAUUCUCAACGACGUGUCCUUCACUGUGCUGCCGGGACAGACGGUGGCGCUGGUGGGGCCCUCCGGAUCGGGGAAAAGCACCAUCAUCCGACUGCUCUUCCGAUUCUACAACGUCCAGGGAGGAUGCAUCCGCAUCGACGGCCAGGAUAUUUCCAAAGUGAAGCAGACGUCCCUGCGGGCUCACGUGGGCGUGGUCCCCCAGGACACGGUGCUCUUCAACGACACCAUCAGGGAGAACAUCCGCUACGGCCGCAUCACCGCCAGCGACCAGGAGGUGGAGGAGGCCGCCGUGGCUGCAGACAUCCAUGACAAGAUCAUGACUUUCCCUGAAGGUUACGAUACGCAGGUGGGGGAAAGAGGUCUGAAGCUGAGUGGAGGAGAGAAGCAGAGGGUGGCCAUUGCCAGAACCAUCCUCAAAGCUCCGCAGAUCAUCCUGCUGGACGAGGCUACAUCUGCGCUGGACACGCAGACGGAGCGCAACAUCCAGGCGUCCCUGGCUAAAGUCUGCGCUAGUCGCACUACCAUUGUUGUUGCUCACAGGUUGUCCACCAUCAUCGGCGCAGAUCAGAUUUUGGUCAUCAGCGACGGUAGGAUCGCCGAACGAGGCCGACACGAGGAGCUGCUGCAGAAGGGAGGCCUGUACGCAGACAUGUGGCUGAAGCAGCAGCAGGCCCAGGACGCCGACUCCGGCUCAGACACUGAAGCCAAAGACCGCAAGUCUGAGAAGCUGCAGCCGCCGCCGUCAACCUCCUCUGCCGACCUCUGACCCCGAAAGCUUUCAUCAUAGCUAAUAAAAAAUGUUUUUUUUUUAAUACUACUCUGAGUUUAAACUUGUUUAAAGUCAUCACACAGCAAUGUUUAAGGAAUGUUAUUUAUUUUAGGCUUAGUGCAAUGACAGGGUUGAGGGGGAAAAGGGAAGGUGCCUUAAACACUAGCAACACUAUGAGCUGAUGGACGAUUUUAUUCACUUCCUGUCUGUAUAACAGGAAAAACCAAGGAACAAAUCAUGUUCAGAGUUAGUUCUCUCACCGAUCAGUUAUUUAUAUUUUUAUGUGACUGCAUGUGGCUUUUACUUUGUUUUGCUGUCGUUUUAGGCUAUUUUUUUACUUCCUGGGGAAGCUUGAAUAAGUUCUUCUCAGACACAAUCGAUUAAGCAAGUAAAUUUAAACGUGUCCUAAACAAUGCAUUAAAAGAUUUUCUGGGAGAGAAUUUGGUGUGAAAGCAGAAAUAUUUUAACAAUUUUUUUGGGCGAACUAUAGCUUCUACUAUUUAUAGGUUAUAUUUUUUUAUGGUUGUGUUUUAUCAUGUUAUAAGAUGUUGCAGGAUAAUCUAAACC